AUGGAAGCUGUCAACAAAGUGAAAGACUUGUACAAUUUGGUUUUGGAAUACCAAGAUUCUAUGGAGGAUGUUGCCACAACAGAUGAUGCUCAAACUAGACCAAGUGCUCCUACUCAGAUGGAUGAUGAAGAUUGGAUUGACACUUUUGAUGAUUACAUGUCCAAACAGCCAGCUGUGACCUCCACUUAUGAUGAAGAUGAUUCCACAAUAAUUGAUGAAUGA